AUGGCGCAGUUCUCUAUCAACUGCAUGGGAGAAAAGCUUGGUUCACUCCUGCUCGACAUGCACACAAAGCUGGCUCUCAAUGUUACUAGAGCACAUGACAGCAUCCGUGUGUGCAAGGACGAGAAGGAGGACUCAUCGCAGAAUACUGGGCACUUUGUGGUGGAUUCUGACCCUAUUGAUGGGCACGGUACAGGGAGCAAUAUACUACCCACAUCCCAAAGCACAGCUAUAAAAGAGGUUGGGGAUACCUUGGGAACAGGCGAAGAGAUAAGCCCUGUGAAGGAGGAGGAAGAAAAUGGAAGUUAUUGCAUGGUGCAGGCAACUGUGUCAACUUCCCAAGACUCAGCAGCUCUUGACUGCCAGCUCAGCCUUGCCUCAGCCUGUGGGCAGCUACCAGAUUUCCUCAGUGAUGUGAGCUCUGUGCCUCCACCUCCCGUGGCUGAGUUUGCUCAGGAACACACAGAUGAGUCAGGGUCACGUGAACAAUAUGAUAGUUAUUACUCUGAUGGGAUUGAAAAGGAGGCAAAGAAGAAAAAAAAUUCCGGCAAAAGUGGAUUGUGUCCUGAGAAGACAUCAAGUGUCAUCCCUGGAGACCUCUGCAAGCUAGCACAGUUGCAGCAUGUGUGUGGCCUGGCUGCUUGUAGAUCAUCCAAGUGUGCUUCAGCCACCGCUGCAGCUCAGCAGUCCUACAAGGUAUCUUCAGUGCUGGAAGCUGGAAAUAGCUGUGAUGGGGCCAAGGAGAAAAAAGAGUUACUUGAGAACCCAGAAAUUCCACCCCCUGUCAGGAAGAAGUCACGAACCUUCUAUAGUGCAGAGCAGCUAGAAGAGUUGGAGAAGAUGUUCCAGGAAGACCACUACCCUGACAAUGAGAAGAGGAGGGAGAUUGCAGCUGUUGUUGGUGUAACGCCACAGCGUAUCAUGGUCUGGUUUCAGAAUCGCAGGGCAAAGUGGCGAAAAACAGAGAAGUUGAGUAUGAAAGGGAAUAAAAAAUACUCAGCAUCAGCAGCUCUGUCAGUCCCCUCGGGGUCAGACAGUUAUGGGGCACCUCUUCUGCCCAUGCCUCCACUGCCUGACAUUGCUCAUGACCAGUCUGCCAUGUUGAGCAUAGACACUACAGCUGGGAACUAUUCCAGCCUGCUCAGUGGACACACUGCACCGCUUGCCUCCUCCUCAGUCUCUUCAGUGACAGGAAUGGUGUCACGUUGUGAAGCAGUUCAGACAAAGCCACUAUCUCAAGGCAACUUUGGUUCCAGCAGAAUGGAGUGCUUCCCUAGGCUUCCUAGCCCUCCACCCAUCCGCAGGGCCAGCCUCCCUCUCAGUCUGUCCUUCAACCCCCACAAUCAUAUUGUUCCCUUGAUGCUGGACACUCCUAACAGUGAAUGCAGCUUGUCUGGUCAGGAAAAUGGCUCCAUGGAGACCUUCACUUACAGCGUCCAGAAUCAAGGUGCAAAUUCCCCAGCUUCCUGCAAUUACCCUGAACAGCUGGAGUCGGCAGCCAGCCUAGAGACCCCGUACUGCCAGUACAGCAGCCAGGGUGGAACCUACCAGCUGCCCCAAUAUCCUCAGCAGCACCAGCUCUCCCAGUUCCACCAUCUGCCAGUUCACCUGCCCAGCAGUGUGCUCUCCAGCCUCACACCUACAACAUCCGCUGAGUCCAAUACACCUUUUCUUGCCUUAGCUGGCAACAGUGGAGUUGUAACCUAUGGGGCAGCAGAGGCCAUGCAAGGCUAUGUACAGAACCACAUGGGAGGACAGAUCUUAUUAGAGCAGCCAAGUGGAAGCUCAGUGCCCAACGGAACAACAGUAGGAUCCAUGCCACAUACUGGAAAACCAAAGGGAGUGGCAACACCAGACCAGAGUUCAUAUCAGAACUGCCAGACGGAGCUGGAGUUGACAUCACUUGCUGAAAGAGAAGUAGAGAGCAGCAGCAGCAAGAAAGGAGAGAGCGUUGCUGAUAUUAAAGAAGAAACUAAUGACUGA